AUGCUUUGUUCACCAAGACAGGUGGUGGCCGAUGUGUCAGACAACAACGAACAGGUAUACCCAAGCCCAAUACAACCCAAAGCCAAAGUCCAACUUCAACCCAAAGCCAACCCCAACAUCAACCCAAAGACAAAGCCCAACUUCAACCCAAAGCCAAAGCCCAACAUCAACCCAAAGACAAAGCCCAACUUCAACCCAAAGCCAAAGCCCAACUUCAACCCAAAGCCAAAGUCAAACUUCAACCCAAAGCCAAAGCCCAACUUCAACCCAAAGCCAAAGCCCAACUUCAACCCAAAGCCAAAGCCCAACUUCAACCCAAAGCUAAAGCCCAACAUCAACCCAAAGCCAAAGCCCAACUUCAACCCAAAGCCGAAGCCCAACUUCAACCCAAAGCCAAAGCCCCACUUCAACCCAAAGCCAAAGUCCAACUUCAACCCAACUUCAACGCCCAACUUCAACCCAAAGCCAAAGCCCAACUUCAACCCAAAGCCAAAGCCCAACUUCAACCCAACUUCAACGCCCAACUUCAAUCCAAAGCCAAAGCCCAACUUCAACCCAAAGCCAAAGCCCAACUUCAACCCAAUGAAUGAGGAUGAUGGGGUGUUAGCUGGCUUUGCUCAUUUCCUCGUUGAUCUAGUCAAGAAUUUCCUGUUCCGCUGUCAAAGCCAGUCGCCAUUUUGGUUUGAGAAGGAAGCGACCUUAGCCAGCGAUUGUUUCGCUUGCAAACGGAAACAUGAAGCGGAACAAGAAAUUCUUGACUGGAUCAAUUCUCCAGUUCUCAAGUUGUGA